UGAUGAACGAAGAUAAUAAAAUUCUAGAACGAGCAAUAAACACAUCAGCUGCAUGUCUACUGCCUUCAUUAUUAUCCAAUUUUGAUGCAAAUCCAUUGUCACACGAUGAAUUCAAUGAAUUCCGUGAAAUACUUUUUGAUCAGUUGCAUUUGCUUUUAGAUAUUCUUUAUCAGAAUAGAAAUCUUUUAAAUGAUAAGACAUUUGAUAAUCAACAUGUGCAACUUCG